AUGCCUGAGGUAGUAGAAUCAACCAUGAGUGAAGAUGGUCGUAGCUCUGAUGUUUCAUCAGGCUCAGUGAGCAGAUUGAAGAAAUUGACUUCGGGUAAGUCUUGGGUAUCACCAUUCCGGGACUCCAGCAAUAAAUCCAAGAAUCUUCGCAAGCAAUUGAAGGAGGAAAACUCAAUUGAACAAAUCCAUGUGCCUUCCAAGUUCGCCCUGCACCCUACGUUAGAGCAACAGAAGCGUAAGGAGCAAGAAAAGAAGAAAGCAGAGAAGCUUGCUUCCACCACGGCUUCCACCAAGUCGCUCAAAGACGAGCCAAUUGACACUCCCAAAGCUGACUCCGACGUGGAGCCGGUUGAAGAUGGCGAGGAAGAGACGAAAUCUGACGCCGAAGCCGAUACAAAGGCGGUUACUCUCAAGGAAGACCCUACCGAUGCUGAGGAGACGGCUGCGGCUGAGGCUGUAGACGACGAUAAGGAGAAGGAGGACGACGAGGACAAAAUUGAAGAGGAAAGUAAGGCUCCAGUAGACGAAGCUGAUGGAGAGGAUGCUGCUGCCACUUCAGGUGAAAUUGAAGCCAAGGAGGCUGCUGCUGCUCCUAUUGACCUUGUUGUUCAACCAGAAUCCAAGUACGAGCCAGUCCAGCUUCCCAGCCAGAAACAUCUCGAAAAGCUCCAGGACAAACCGGUGCUCCUCAAUCGUUACCAAUUGCUCAAUGCUGAUGCAAUCGGGUCUGUUUCAAAGACGUUGGAUGACCCCAACAAGGUGGUAGAUCUUGGAAGCGGCUUGAAGAUGACCCAACAGCAAUUGCUUGACAUUGCCGCCAAGCGUGUUGCCCCUGUGUUGACCAACAUCAACAACGAGGUCAGCAAGACGUUGAAGGAAGAUGAGAUUAAGCACCAGCAAGAGUUGGAUAACAAGACUUCCACCCACAAUAAGAAGUUGCAAGGUGAAUUCGAUAAGUUUUUCAAGAAAUUGUCAAAGCAGAAGGAAAAGUACACUGCGGAGGUUGAAAACAAGCUCGAAGAUUUGUCUCGUAUGAUGAAGAAUGCUGAAAUUGCCGCCUUCAACUUCAAGACGCAAAACACUAAAGAUAUUGAGACUGCCAAUGACGAGUACAAAGAUCGCGAGGAAAAGGCUGUUACCAAGCAUGAGACCGACAAGGAAACUUUGUUGAAGAACCAUGAUGAGUUGGAGGCCACCAAGAAGCAGGAAUUAGAAGAUGCCAAGACUAAGCAAGAGGAAGCCACUAAAGAAAUUGAGGAAUUGCAAGAGAAAAAGACAGUCUUGGACAACAAGAACCUGGAACUUUCCGAUGAGAUUGAAAAGUUGACCUCCGAGCUUAACGAAAAAGAAGCAGAGCUUGCCGACUUGAAGUCCAAACAUGAAGAGAAGACUGCCAUUGUUGAGAAGAAUAGAUCCACAAAAGAAGAAUUAGAUCAAAAGAUUGCAGCUUCCAAGACUUCUUUGGAGUCCAAAAAAGCCAAACAUGCUGCUUUAGUUGCCACAGUUGCCGGUUUGGGGGCGACAUUGCUGGCAUACUCGUCCAAGCUUACUGACUUGGGUCAGGAAAAAGAGCUUCGUGCUCAACGUUUGAAGGAGGCUAAACAGCACUAUGCAAACUGGGAACAAGAGAAGGUUACUCUCGCCACCGAGGUUGCUCGUCGUAAAGAGAAGGAAAGAUUAGAAGCCGAGGCAGAAGCCCAAGCUGAAAAGGAACGUCAGAAGAAGGCGCAGGAAGCGAAGGAGCAACAAGAGGCAGAAGAGAAGGCUAGAAAGGAGAAGGAAGAAGCCGAAGAACGGGAGAGAAAAGAGAAAGAAGAGGAAGAAGAGAGAGAGAGAAAGGCUAAGGAAGCAGAUCCCGAGUAUCAAAGGCAACUUCGUAUUCAAGAGCGUGAGAAGGAGCAAGAAAGACUCUAUGCUGAGCGCGAUGAAAACGCCAGGUUGCACUCCGAAAGAAAACUGAAAGAGGAGAGCGAGGCUGCAAGGCUUCAAACUGAAAUUGAGGAACUUCGGAAUCAAAAGGAUGAAAAGGCUCAAUUAGCUAGACAAGAAGCUGAACGUGUUGCACAGCUCAAGCUUGCUGAGAUUGAAAAGUUGAAGAACGAGCAUGACGAGCGUUUGAAGCUUAUUCAGGAAAGAAUCGAUGUUGAAGAGUUACAAAAGAGUCGACUCUUGGAAGAAGUUGAUAAUUUGAGAAAGAUUCGUGAGCUUCGUGAGGAGAAGGCUCGUUUGGCUACUGAAUUGGAGCGCGAUGUUGAGAUUAGUGAUAUUCAAAAACUCAUCGAAGAGAGAGAGCUUGAGGUCACUAGAUUGACCAAGCAAAUUGAGUAUGAUGAUGCCGAGGCACGCAAUUUUGCUGCUGCUGGCAAGCCUCAACUUCACUCAUCCAAGGAUGUCAGCGCUUCAGUUCCUGACAAGGUUCCUAAAGACGAAGCUGACUUGAAGGUGGGUGGUGUUGGUUCAAGCACUGGUGCUCCUGCCGUAUUGCCUCCAUUAAAGGAGAAAAAAGAAGUGAAAGAGCCAAAAAAUGAUACCACAAAGGAUAGUAAGCACCACAAGGGAGUUCUUGAUGCUACUGCCGCUGGCGUCGGUGCUGGUGUUGGCGUCAUUGGUGCAGGUGUUGCUGCUGUUGGCACUACUGCUUCUGGUGUUAACAAGAGCGCUUCAGGUGCUGGUACCCUUUCUGGUUCUAAAAGCGGUCCUUCUGUUGGACGCAGUGGCAGUGGAAGCGAUUCCGGACGCAGAAACAGUCUUCGUAAUUCUUUCAAAAAGAUCUUCAAGUCGGAAAAGUCUGAAAAGUCCGAAAAGAAACCAGUUAAGGAAACCAGUGCUGCACCUAUCAAGCAGCACAGUGAAAGUAAGGCAGUGAACAUUGCCCAUCAGCCUGCUGCUGCUGCCGAGAAUAACUCUUCAUCGGAGGAGACCUAUUCUGUCUACGAAGAAGUAUCGGAUGCCGAGUACGAGAAACACAAGGAUGACCCUAAUUAUUUUGAAAUAAGUGAGGACGAGUUCGAGAAGCACCGGGCAUCUGCUUUAAAGCACUAG